AUGCGGUGUCCAGAUCUCCGCCAAUUUGGUCAGAAGCUGGUCCACAGGCGGCCACUGGAGCCCAGAAAGCAGACUGGCAGUCCCUCAGCCUCUCUGAACACCUUCAACCUGGUGGUCUUGGGUGUGGGUAGCACCCUGGGGGUUGGAGUGUACAUCGUGGUUGGUGAAGUGGCCCUGUUCGUCGCUGGACCAGCGAUCGCCAUCUCCUUCUUGGUGGCCGCCCUGUCUUCUGUGUUGUCCGGGCUCUGCUACGCUGAGCUUGGGGCAGGGGUAUCAUGGACUGGUUCCGCAUACUUCUACAGCUACAUCGGUGUGGGGGAACUGUGCGCUUUCAUCGCUGGCUGGAACCUUGUACUGUCCUAUGUCUUUGCCACCGCCAGUGUGGCCAAGGCCUGGAGCUACACCUUUGACGGCAUAAUUGGGAACCACAUCUCUCAGGCGUUGCAGGGAGCCUUCUCUGUGCACAUGCCCAGCUUCCUGGCCAGGUACCCAGACUUUGUUGCCCUGGUCCUGGUGCUGCUGCUCACAGGACUACUGGCUCUGGGAGCUCGUGAGUCGCCCCUGGUCACCAGAGUGUUCACAGGCAUCAACGUUCUGGUUCUCACCUUCAUCAUCCUCUCUGGCUUCAUUAAGGGGGACCUGCACAACUGGCAGCUCACGGAACAGGACUACAUAUUAAACACGUCUGGAUCCAGUGACACCUCUAGCUUGGGUCUUCUGGGUUCUGGAGGAUUCGUGCCCUUUGGCUUUGAUGGAAUUCUCCAUGGAGCAGCUAUAUGUUUCUAUGCACUUGUUGGUUUUGAUGCCAUUAUCACUAAAGGGGAAGAAGCCCUAAAUCCUAAUCGAUCCAUCCCCUUGAGCAUCAUCAUCACCAUCUCCAUCUGCUUUCUGGCGUAUUUUGGUGUCUCGGCAGCCCUCACCCUCAUGGUGCCCUACUACCGGAUUCACCCUGAGAGCCCCUUGCCGCAGGCUUUUCUCCACGUUGGGUGGGGCCCUGCCAGAUAUGUCGUGGCUGUUACCACCCUCUGUGCUCUUUCAUCCAGACUCCAGAGCAUCUUCUUCCCCAUACCGCGCCUGAUCAGGGAAAUGGCAAGUGACAGGCUCCUUUUCCAGGGACUUGCCCGGAUCCAUGCCCGCACAGGAGCCCCCAUUGUGGCCAUCAUGUCUUCUGGAAACCUUGCAGGCAUCGUGGCAUUACUCUUCAAGUUCAGGGAUCUCGUGGACCUCAUGUCAAUUGGGAAUCUGCUUGUUUACUCCCUGGUGGCUCUUUCUGUUCUUGUCCUCAGGUACCAGAAGAAGGAAACAGAGGAAAUUGAGUUACCUGAUCUUGAUGAUAUUUCUUUGGAAGCAGGAACCUCAAAAGUUCUAAAGAGUCUGUGUGACGCUAUUAACACCAUCCCCACUCUGACAUCUGGCCAGAUUGUCUAUCGAUGUGCCUUAAUGCUUGUUCUCCUGCUGACCAUCCUGAGCCUGGUGCUGGCCCGGUGGCCCAGCCGCGUGUUCUCUGGAGACCCUGUGUCCACAACAGCGGCUGUGCUGCUGCUGCUGCUCAUCGUGGGGGUCACGGUCAUCAUUUGGAGGCAGCCCCAGAGCCCCGCUCCUCUUCCCUUCAAGGUCCCUGCUUUGCCUGUCUUCCCCCUGCUGAGCAUCUUUGUGAAUGUUUACCUGAUGAUGCAGAUGACCUCUGGGACCUGGCUCCAAUUUGGCAUCUGGAAUGCGGUUGGGUUUGUCAUAUACUUUGGAUACGGGAUCCGGCACAGCUUGGAGGAGAACAGUGACCAACAGACCAGCCUCCACCUCCCAGACUGA